CAACCUUCCAAUAAACCAAAAUGAAAUAAACCGAUAUGUUGGGAAGAACACGUCGGGAAAUGGUAGUUGGUGGGUUAACUUAAUUUGAAGAUAAUACCUAUGUUCUUUUCUGAAGUUUGGCUGCGUUAAUCAGAAAUUUAUAAUAGCAACGGGGAUUCAUAAAUGCAAAGAAACUGGAUCCAUGGCAAAGUGGCUGAAGGACCACCUGAACUUUGGCAGCAGACGUGAUCCUCCCCAGCCUCCCAGGCCAGAUUACACAGAGAGUGAAAUUGUGAAGGCCUACAAAGCUCAGAAGGCUCUGGACUUUGAGGAUCCCUACCAACACUCAGAUAAGGAGCACCAGAACGGUGGAUUCAGCUCCUGCAAUGCAACUUUAAGCCUUUCUUCCCUCCCUGCCAUAGAUUCACUGCUUCCUAAUGGUCUGGAGGUGAAAGUCGUCUCUCCAAAACACAGAUUAAUUAAAGUGGACUCUCAGGAGUUUGGGCGCUGUAAAAUUCCCUUGAGUCCCGUGACUGUUCAAGAAGAGCCUGUUGUUCCCUCUGCGCCGGUAGCCUCCGACAGCGUCACAGACUACUCCGAUCCAUUCGAUGCUCGGCCAGACCAGAGACUCAGGCAAAACUGGGAGCCUAAAGCCGCACCGACAGAGUGUUGUAGCUACAUGGAGCCAUUUGAAGCCCAGCGGAUUAUUUCAGAACUUCAGCACAGCGUGAUGACCAGUAUGUCUGUGAGUGGAGAGGGCAACCAGCUUUAUGAUAACCCUUACGAGGAGAGGAGGAGCCACCAGAGAGGAGCAACACAGCAGAAAUCCCCGAGGGGGGAGGCAGACCUCAGCCCGCUGGACAGCAGGGAGAGCAGGCUACCUCAGGACGACGAGAGGCCGGCCGACGAGUACGACCAGCCCUGGGAGUGGAAGAAGGACAACAUCUCAAAGGCUCUAGCAGUUCAGUUUGAAGGAGCACAAAGGGAGAGCUCACGAGGACAAACGGAACAAUCCAGACUAACCAAAGCUGCUGCUGCCUCUGCCGAACCUGCUACUCUGCGUCUUUGCAGCGAUACUCCUGCGGUCCUGGGGGAGAGAGUGGACCCCUUCUUACCUCUGGAAAAGCAAGUAUGGUACCACGGAGCCCUGAGCCGCUCGGAGGCCGAGUCUCUGCUGACUUUGUGCAAGGAGAGCUCCUACCUGGUCAGAAACAGCCAGACGUGUUGCAAUGACUACUCCCUUUCCCUCAGGAGCUGUAACGGCUUCAUGCACAUGAAGUUCACCCGAACUGCAGACAGCCGUUACGUUCUCGGGGAGAACAGCCCUCCUUUCUCCUCCAUCCCCGAGGUCAUCCACUACUACACCACGCACAAGCUGCCGAUCAGAGGAGCUGAGCACAUGUCCUUAAUGUACCCCGUCAUCGUUCAAACUCUCUGACACGCACAGUUCCCUCUGGUGCUACUGACAGUCACAUAUUCACACUCCUAGACCCCACCAGGAGUGAUUGUGGAAGGUCAAGCUUCGCCGGUAUACAGUUAUGUUUCCAUAAUGUCUCCAGGAAUGUUUUUUAUGAGUUGGAUGCGUCCUAGCACCACCCGUUCAGGUAAAUUUCAAUAACUUUUUAAGUUAAACAUAUGGAUGAUGUGAUCCAUAUGUUUAAAAGGGAACCAAAAUGAGGCUUUUUUUUUCUUUUUCUGCCUAUUCUGACUUAUACCUUUUAACAUUAAUCCUCAUCCACAAGUGAAAUCUCUGUAGAGACCCUUACUGGUUCACAUGGCCUCCUUCCUUCUUGUUUGAGGAGAUUUUACUGCAGAACCGUUUCAUUUGUCCCUUUAUCUAACACGGCGGCAGUUACAUCUCCAUACUGAUGCGGUUCGGUGUGAUCAAUGGGAAUCCUGAUCAUUGUGUCUCGAGUAACUGCUGGGAUGACAUUGAUGGAUGAGAUGGGUUUGGUAAAGUAAAUCGUGACUGUAGCACAAUCCCUCCUGGUGAGACCGUAGGGCUCCACACUUUGUUUCCCACUCAUUUCAAUCUCUAGUGGCCGUUUGAGCUGCUGGGUUUCAGUUCUACCACAGUCCCAGUAAGUACAUCAGCAGCUCCAUAAGUAGAGCUCUUGUGAAUGGUAAUGGCACUGAAACUCCCUUUUUGUUGUUUUUGUUGUUGUUGUUGCAUUCUGAUCAACGCAGACUCCCAAAAAACCAGCAACUGCCGGUGAACAGACCGUUGAGACCGUCUGAAGGAAAACACCUGCAUGUAGAUCCCUGACUCCUCUUGUGUUCAGGGGCCUCUCGAGGGCUCUCAUUUUGGAUCCAUGUGCUCAGCUGUGUCACACAUGACCUUCAGUGAGUCGCAAAAUCCAGCAAUACUAGUUUAGAGAAUCAAUUGCAGUAUUUUCCCUCAAAAGCUUGUGGCUUUAUGAUAAAUAAGCUUUGAUUGUUUUGUUACUGUGCUGUUUUAUAAGAACUCUAAAUGUUGUCUUAAAAUAAAGUUGUCUGUUUUUAAAAAUG